AGUGUGUAUAAAAGGGGGUUCUUCUAUUCAAUCACCUUAUCAUCAAGAAGAAGAAGAAGAAGAAGAAGAAGAAGAAGAAGAAAACUUCUGCUCUCUCUCUCUCUCUCUCUCUCUCUCUCUCUCUCCGAUAAAUCCAUGGGAAGAGCAUUAGAACCCCUAGUGGUUGGGAGGGUGAUCGGAGAUGUGCUUGAGCCCUUUGUUCCAACUAUGAAAAUGGAGGUCACUUACAACAACAACAAGCAUGUCCGCAAUGGCGCUGAGUUCUUCCCUUCUCAAGUGGGCACCAAACCUCGGGUUGAAAUUCCUGGAGCUGACUUGAGAACUUUCUUUACUCUGGUUAUGACAGAUCCUGAUGUUCCUGGCCCUAGUGAUCCUUAUUUGAAGGAGCACCUGCACUGGAUAGUGACAGACAUUCCCGGCACCACAGACGCUACAUUUGGAAGAGAGGUGGUGAGCUAUGAGGUGCCGAGACCCAGCAUAGGAAUCCACAGAUACGUGUUUGUUCUCUUCCAGCAGAACCGGCGGCAGAGUCCCGUGAACCCACCUUCUUCAAGGGAUCACUUCUGCGUCCGUGACUUCGCCGCCCAAAACGACCUCGGCCUUCCGGUCGCCGCGGUCUUCUUCAACGCGCAACGAGAAACUGCCGCAAGAAGACGCUAAUUAAUUAAGAUUAAUCCAUAUAUAUGGAUAAUAAAGCUGGAAGAAAUUAAGAUUCGGGGCUGCCUGUUUGGGGGGGAAUAUCCAUGGAUCUGCGACUUAAUUCGGUGCGGGUGUGAAUAAUUUUCCAUUAACAGAAUGAUCUUUGUACUUGGCCAUCUUUGUCUGUUUUCA